UGCCGCUGUUGAGGCGGCCGGGAACGGGCGGUGGGGAGCGGGCGGAGCUGGCCCUGCCUCUGCCUGGCCGACGCCGCAGUCGGCGCGGGCCGCGCCCGCCGCCGUAAACUGCCCCGAGCGCCUGCUGAGGCCGAGGGAAACGUCGGGGCCUGCACUUGGAGGGAGCCUGCCGCGCUGGCCCCGAGGAGGGGGCGUUGCCAUGGCGACAGCCUCUCCCGCCGCUGACGGGGGGCGGGGGCGGCCCUGGGAAGGAGGGCUGGUCUCCUGGCCCCCUGCCCCUCCUCUUACUCUCCCCUGGACUUGGAUGGGUCCGAGUUGGGGGCAACACCCCGGGCAUUGGGGCUUUCCAGCUCUCACAGAACCUUCAGCAUCCCCAGCUGCCAGUCUUGGCAUCUUCGAAGUAAGGAGAGUUUUAGAUGCUUCUGGAUGUUCAAUGCUAGCACCUUUACAGACUGGAGCAGCUCGAUUUUCUUCAUAUUUACUUUCAAGAGCAAGAAAAGUGCUGGGCUCCCACUUAUUUUCUCCCUGUGGUGUUCCGGAGUUCUGCUCCAUAUCCACCAGAAAGCUGGCGGCCCACGGCUUUGGCGCAUCCAUGGCGGCAAUGGUGUCCUUCCCUCCCCAGAGGUAUCACUACUUUUUAGUGCUGGACUUUGAGGCCACGUGCGACAAGCCACAGAUUCAUCCUCAGGAAAUCAUCGAGUUCCCCAUCCUGAAGCUAAAUGGCCGGACCAUGGAGAUUGAGUCUACCUUUCACAUGUAUGUCCAGCCUGUAGUCCAUCCACAGCUUACUCCCUUCUGUACAGAGCUUACCGGGAUUAUUCAAGCCAUGGUGGAUGGUCAGCCAAGCCUGCAGCAAGUGCUAGAGAGGGUCGAUGAGUGGAUGGCGAAGGAAGGCCUCUUAGAUCCAAACGUCAAGUCAAUUUUUGUCACCUGUGGAGACUGGGACUUGAAAGUCAUGCUCCCAGGGCAGUGCCAGUACUUGGGCUUGCCAGUGGCGGAUUACUUCAAGCAGUGGAUUAAUCUGAAAAAGGCUUACAGCUUCGCCAUGGGCUGCUGGCCCAAGAAUGGACUUCUAGACAUGAACAAGGGCCUCAGCCUGCAACACAUAGGCCGGCCCCACAGCGGCAUUGUAAAAUGUGGAUAUGAUGGUUGGAGCUCCAGCAGCCAUUUUGGACCAUGAGAUAUCCUGGAAAUUGUAAGCAACAAGCUGAAAAGAUGACUGCAAGAACAUUGCCAACAUCAUGAAGACACUCGCAUAUCGAGGCUUCAUCUUCAAGCAGACAUCGAAGCCAUUCUGAUUGGCCUAGGAUGGGAUGGGGCAGGACAGGGUAGCUGCUUGGCCCAGCCCAGAACCCUCCUCCCCCUCACCAGAGGGGAAAAGGGAGAGUGGCACAGCUCUACGUCCAGAGUGUCCCCCAGCCUGCCCUGUGGGCUUGUGCCCUGGGUAAGGGCUUGGCCACGUGGCCCCUCUGGAGCAGGCACUUUGUGCCCCCCCCCCACCCCCACCCCUCAACCUCAGCCCAGUAUUAGCCCUUCCCGUUGUGGGCCUGGGCUAGGGGGACCCAGGCACUCACCGCCUCCUCCCUGGUACACAGGCUUCUGCAGGGGCCACCAAGCCCCCCUGUGCCCCCUCCCAUCCGUAGUGCAUGGUGUGUGGUGCCCCCAGGGCUCCAGGACAGAUCAGGCCCCACCUUGUGUCUACCCCCAUCCCCGCUGUGAACGUGCCACUGAAUAAAGUCGGGGAAACGAA